UCCGGGUUCCCUGGGGCUGAGGUUAAAUAACCGAGCGGACCCCUCGUUUUUUUUCCCGUUCUGUUUCUCCCCCCGUGCGACCGACGGUUCAGACCCCGAGGGCCGAGCACACGACGAAGACCCGGAGACGCAGCGAGACAAAGCGAACCACGGACCGGACACACGUCCAUCGCCCCGCCCGCAUUCGACGACCUUUUUUCUCUCCACCGUCUCCAAAUAUCGGACCGAGGUUUUUGUCCCAAAAGAAUAACAGAAAAAAAAGUUUUUACAAUCUAAAAUAAUUUCCAAUUUUGUUUUCCCUUAUCUGCUCGAAUCGACGUCCGACUGUCGUGUGCGAUCAUGUUAUUUUUAGUCGGGACCUUAUUUUUAAAAUAGUGUCCGCAUUUUUUCCAACAAGGUCGUUAACAAAAAAACAAAAAGAUAAAAAAUUAAGAAGCCCAGCAAAUAAAUAUAUAAAAGCAACCCCCCCCCCCGCCCAAGACAAACAAACACCUGCACACUUAUCAAAACUACAAUUACAGGAAAGGUCGGUUGAAAGAAGAGGCGAAGAAGAUCUGAAGAAAGACGCGACAUGGCGCUCGUCAUGAAGUACAUAGACAGGUUCCACGAGAUAUUCGACAAAAACGGAGACCCGAGGACGCGCAACUGGCCGCUCAUGUCCUCGCCGUUCCCGACCCUCGUCAUCUGCCUCACGUACGUCUACGUCGUGAAAGUCCUCGGACCCAAGAUAAUGGAGAACAGGAAGCCACUACAGCUGAAGAACGUCCUGAUAUUCUACAACCUUUUCCAGGUGGUCUUCAGCGCCUGGCUUUUCUACGAGCUCGGCAUGAGCGGAUGGCUGACGGGACAUUACUCGCUGAGGUGCCAGCCUGUAGACUACUCAUCGAAUAGGUUUACCAUAAGGAUGGUCAACGUCUGCUGGUGGUACUACUUCUCCAAAUUCACGGAGUUCAUGGACACUAUAUUUUUCGUCCUGAGAAAGAAGAACGAGCACAUCUCUACCCUGCACGUCAUACACCAUGGCUGCAUGCCGAUGAGCGUCUGGUUUGGCGUCAAAUUUACGCCAGGUGGCCACAGCACCUUUUUUGGCCUUCUCAACACUUUCGUUCACAUCGUGAUGUACACGUACUACCUCUUGGCCGCUUUCGGCCCGUCCGUCCAGAAGUACCUUUGGUGGAAGAAGUACCUCACGACUCUCCAGAUGGCUCAGUUUGUUGCCAUUAUGGUCCAUGCUUUCCAGCUCCUCUUCAUAGACUGCAACUAUCCGAAAGCUUUCGUCUGGUGGAUCGGCAUGCACGCAGUCAUGUUCUUCUUCCUUUUUAAGGAGUUCUACAAACAGUCUUACUCCAGCAUUAAGCGAAAGCAAGCUUUAUCGGCGAACGGUAAGUUCCAGGAGAACGGCCAAGCGUCCAACGGCUCGUCGAAAUCCAACUCGUCCUCAUCGUUCAGCAAACAGUCGGACUACUAUGUGACGGCGGAGGUCAAUGGUCUUCAUCACAGGCGGGACGUCAAAUGAUCGAACGCCAAGAGCCGACGGCCCAGAAAGAGGACUAAAAAAAACUUCAAUGUCGUGCAAUAAUUUUUUUAUUAUUUUUUCGCUUAGUGCCUCGAUUUUUUAUUAUUUAUUCUUUCCCUGGGCCAAAACUGUAUUUUUUAAGCGGUCUUUGUCUACCUAGAUUAAACCAAAAAAAGUGAAAAAUGACAAAAAAUCCGUAUUUUGUUAAAAUUUGUUGAACAACGAGGGUCGACAGCUGCCAAAAAAAAAUAUAUAUACAUACAUAUAUAUAUAAUAUAUACAUAUAUAUAUAAUAAAAAAUAUAAAUAAAAAUGAAAAACAAUUGUAGAAAUUAAAAUAUUUAUAGUAUAAAUAAUUUAUUGUGUAAAGUUAAAGCGAAAUUUUAAAAAUUAAAUUAAAUAAUCUCCCCAGAUUUAAUAUUUUGGGAUGUGGGAGAGGGAAACAUUUUUGUAAAUAUUUUUUUUUUCUUUUGUUUUGUACAUCUUGCUUGUGUAAUUUUUGCGUUUUAUCGUUGUUAUAAUUUUUUUCGGUCUUUGUUUUAUAUAUGUAGUGCCUUCAAUCGCGCAGGGACCAUAGCUCGAUUAAAAAAAUAUAUAUAAUAAAUAAAGCAUAAAGGAUCAAGUAAAAAAAAAAUGAAAUUACAGUGUACUUAAAAAUAAUAAUAAAUUCAUCAGGCCUUGUGUUCUCAAUAACAAAGCAAAAACGACCGAGCCCCCUAAAUUAAAAACAAAGCUUAUAUAUUAGAAAAUAAAUGUGUGUAAAAAAAUUAAAACUUUGAUGUAUUAUAUUAUUACAAUUUAACCUACCUGUUAUUAUUAUACAGACGCAAGCGAAUUGUAAAAAGUGUAUUAACAAAAAAUAUUUUAUCUUUAUUUUACAAAAAAAAUUAUUAAAAAAAAAAA